AUGGCGCCCAUUGCCCUGACCCCUGACAGCUCGACUGCGAGCAAUUCCGGCGACAGCCUCAACGGCUACUUCCACGUCGCCGAUGGCGCCGGUCCUGCCAAUGGACAUACCAACGGCCACUCUAUUGGAGCGACCAACGGUACUAAUGGUUACGCCAAUGGCAGUGGCUCUGUCAAGCCCGAGCCAAUUGCUAUUGUUGGCAUGUCCUGCCGUAUGCCUGGAAAUGUUGCCACCCCGGCAGAGUUCUGGGAGCUUUGCACCCGCGCGAGAUCCGGAUGGACCGAGAUACCCAAGGAGAGAUUCAACAACAAGCGUUUCCAGCACCCCAAUCCAGGCAAAGGCGGCGCUUUGAACCCCGUUGGCGGCAGCUUCCUCAACGUCGACCUUGCUGCAUUCGAUGCCCCCUUUUUCGGGCUCACCGAGAAGGAGGCCAUUUCCAUGGACCCCCAACAGCGUCUCCUGCUCGAAUGCACCUUUGAGGCGCUCGAGAAUGCUGGAAUCCCCAAGCAUACCAUUGUUGGCAAGGAUGUUGGUGUUUUCGUCGGUGGCUCGUUCCCCGAGUACGAGUCACACUUGUUUAGAGAUUCCGAUACUAUCCCUAUGCAUCAAGCGACUGGUUGCGCAUACGCCAUGCAGUCCAAUCGCAUAUCGCAUUUCUUCGACUUGCGAGGCCCAAGCUUUACAUCUGAUACCGCCUGUUCAUCGAGCAUGGUUGCUAUACACUUGGCUUGCCAGAGUUUGAGGGCCGGAGAAUCUACCUGUGCACUGGUUGGCGCUUGCCACUUGAACAUGCUGCCAGAGUUUUGGAUAUCCUUCUCGACUUGCAGAUUGCUCUCAGACACUGGACGUUCGUUUUCCUUUGACAACAGAGGUACCGGCUUUGGCCGAGGUGAAGGCUGCGGAAUGAUCGUCCUGAAGCCACUUUCCCAGGCGAUCAGGGACAAUGACCCUAUCCGAGCAGUUAUUGCGGGGACUGGCCUCAACCAAGACGGGAAAACCCCCGGCAUUACGAUGCCAAAUGGGCUAGCACAAGAGGAUCUCAUGCGAAAGGUCUAUAGAGAUGCUGACUUGGACCCUAAUGCCUGUGGCUUUGUCGAGGCCCACGGUACGGGCACUAGGGUUGGCGACCCAAUUGAGGCAACAGCAAUCCACAAUGUGCUGGGCCUGAACAGGACACUGCGCGAUCCUUUAUGGAUUGGCUCUGUGAAAUCCAACAUUGGCCAUCUGGAAGGGGCCUCUGGAAUCGCCGGUGUUAUAAAGGCAGCCCUGAUGCUCGAACGAGGCUUUAUUCUCCCAAACUACGACUUCAAGGAGCCAAAUCCCAAGAUCCCAUGGAAGGCGUGGAAUCUCAAAGUUCCCGUUACGCAACGGCCGUGGCCUAGAGGGAAGAAGUACGUCAGCGUGAACAACUUCGGGUUCGGCGGUACAAAUGGACACGUUGUCCUGGAAGCCGCUCCUUUCAGGGGACAAAAGGCCACUGUUGCUGGUGACGAAACGCCCGAAAAGGCAGGGCAAGGGCGGAAACUCUACGUUCUCACAGCCAACGACAAGGCGGCUCUCACGCAGCUGCUAAAGAACAUUGUCAUCUACCUCGAGCAACGUCCAGAAAUCUUCCAGAUGGAUCUCACCAGUAACAUGGCUUACACAUUGGGGCAGCGCCGAUCUCUUCUUCAAUGGAGAGUUGCUAUUCCGGCUGCCAACUCCUUUGAACUUAUUGAAGCGAUCAACGGCGAAAAGGCCACGCCCGGCAAAGAGAUCGAGCCCCUCCGGCUUGGCUUCAUAUUUACCGGCCAGGGAGCACAGUGGUACGCCAUGGGGCGAGAGCUGUAUGAACAGUAUCCAACCUUCACCAAGAGCAUCGCCCAUGCCGACAGGUAUUUGACCGAGAUAGGAGCCGAAUGGUCGCUCAUUGACGAGCUGAGCAAAGACGCGAAGACAAGCAAGGUCAGCGAGGCUCACAUCAGCCAGCCAUCGUGCACUGCCAUACAACUGGCUCUUGUCGACCUUCUAAGAACUUGGGGUGUUCACCCCAAUGCCGUUGCUGGACAUUCGAGCGGAGAGAUAGCCGCCGCAUACGCAGCAGGCAUCAUUGACUUCGAAUCAUCCAUGGCCAUUGCAUACCAUCGUGGCAGGCUCAUCCCCAUUCUCAAGCAAAAGUUCCCCGAUCUUCGAGGCCGCAUGAUGGCCGUUGGCGGCAGCAAGGAGGAGUUUCUGCCCCUGAUUGAGGGCUUGACGGCAAAGGAAGCCAGAAUCGCAUGCUACAACAGCCCUUCAAGUCUCACAAUCUCAGGAGACGAGCCUGCCAUUGCCGAACUCGAGAAGAUCUGCGAAGAGAAGCAACUGUUCAAUAGACGCCUUGUGGUUGAUGUUGCAUACCAUUCCCAUCACAUGAACCUGGUUUCCAAGGAGUACCGAGCCUCCAUCGCCAAACUGCAGGCCCCGGUUCCAACAGAUGUCCGGUUCCAUUCGUCCCUGUACGGACAUCUGGUUGACGGCACCGAACUCCAAUCCAACUACUGGGUGGACAACCUUACCUGCGCAGUGCGCUUCAACGAGGCGCUUCAGAGCAUGCUCGAGCCGGUUGGCGACUACAAGUAUGGUGUCAACAUGCUCAUUGAGCUAGGCCCUCAUUCGGGCCUUCAAGGACCAAUCAAGCAGGUCUUGAAGGAGGUGGGCGGCAACGCUCCAAAGAUACCCUAUGCCGCUGCCAUUAUCCGCAAACGCGACGCGGUUGAGACGGCAAUGGAGCUUGCUUCGAGUUUGUUCACCAAGGGUGCCAAUCUCGACUUUGGCGCCAUCAACUUCCCCAAGUCUGCAAAGCCGCCAGUCUUGCUAACCGACUUGCCGCGCUACCCCUGGAACUACUCGUCCAAGUACUGGCAAGAGUCUCGCAUGACACAAGUCCACAAGAGCGCAACUGGCGCAAGAAAUGACAUCCUCGGCACCCUAGCCAACUACUCGAAUGACCUUGAGCCCACCUGGCGAAACAUUGUCCGCCUGGAUGACCUUCCAUGGCUGCAGCACCACAAGGUCCAGUCUUUGACAGUAUUCCCAAUGGCCGGCUUUAUUACGAUGGCCAUUGAGGCUGCAUCACAGAGGGCUACAGACAGAGGCCGCCAAUUCGACAAGUUUGAGCUGAAAGACGUGUCCGUAACCAAGCCCCUCGUCAUUACCGACAAAGACAUCGAGAUGACUAUCACCCUCCGUCCUCACCAAGAAGACACUCUUGCCACGUCUGAGACAUGGGACGAGUUUCGCAUAUGCUCGUGGUCUCAUGACCAAAGCUGGACAGAACACUGCGUCGGUAUCAUCGCCACUGUUGUUACCGAUCGCAACGACGUGGACAGUGAUAGACAAGCUCUGAACUCUAAAGCGCUUAACCAGGCCGCUUUCUUGUCUGCUAGCCAUGCUGAAGGAGCCUCGAUUGCUUCCGACAACAUGUACGAGAGUCUGGCGGAGGCUGGCGUGGCGUAUGGGCCCACCUUUCAGGGAGUUGCAAACUGCCAGGCGUCCGAUACCCAUGCCGUGGGAGACAUUGUCGUCCAAGAUGUCGCAAAGGAGAUGCCAAACGGUCAUCUAUCUGAUUCUGUCAUUCAGCCGGCAUUCCUUGAAUCUCUCAUCGAGAUGUACUGGCCUAUUGUCGGGGCUGGCCGCCGGGAAGUCGACACCGUUUAUCUUCCCUCCUCUGUGGAUCGUAUCACGAUCAAGUCUAGCAUUACUCGGAUCUCUCAAGCGCCAGGCAGCAUCGUGCGCGCGGUCUGCACAGGGGAUAUUGCUUCGGGCACCCCCAAGCCAACUAAAGUCAACAUGACUGCGGUGGCCGGCGAGGGUAGCUUCGAGACCCUCAUUUCGUUGGAGGGUCUCACGAUAUCUCCUAUCAUCGAUGGCGACGCCCAAGUACAUCUUGGCGAUGCCCGAGAUCUUUGCUACAAGCUUGAGUGGGAUCAAGUCUUUGAGGCCGGGGAUGUUCAUCUUCAACUUCCAGCUGAUUCCAAGGUUGUCAUUGUUCACGAGGACUCCAACUUUCAGGAUCUCGUGGCGAUGGAUCUGGCAAAUGCGUUGGAAGAAGCCACUGGGGCACUUCCCGAGGUCGGAACCCUGCAAAACGUUGAUGCUUCUGGGAAGAUUUGCGUUUUCCUGAAUGAGCUCCAUCAGCCGUUCCUUGCUACUCUUUUGCCUUCCCAGUUCUUAUCUCUUCAGAAACUCCUGACGGGUGCCCAAGGUGUUCUGUGGGCGGUCCGCGGGGCGUAUGACAAGUCUUCCAACCCAGACGCCAACAUGGUAACCGGUCUGAGCAGAACGAUUCGUUCAGAGACUGCAAUCAAGUUCGCAACAUUGGACCUAGAUGCCGAAUCACCGCUCUCAGAGACCGACACCACCAAGGCUAUCUUGCGGGUCUUCCAGGCUGCUUUUGGCGUAGAGUCGACGGCCACUAGCGAGCUAGAGUUCAUGGAGAGAGGGCGGUCGUUUUUCACCCCUCGCAUUGUAGUGGAUAAUGAGAUGAACGAGUACGUCCACAAGCAAACGAACCCUUCCGCCAUCGAGCCACUGCCAUUUGGAGAAGACGACCGGUCUCUGAAGAUGGAGAUUUCUGCGCCUGGUGCUGCGGACUCUAUCCACUUCAUUGACGACCAAUCCAUCGAGGAACCUUUGGAGGCAGACGAGAUUGAGAUCCGGGUGAAGGCAGUCGGUCUAAACUUCAAGGAUGGGCUGGCCGCCAAAGGGCAAGUCCCAAUUAGCGACGCCGGGGCCGAAGCAAGCGGAGCUGUGACUGCGAUUGGUGCUGGCGUUACUACCGUCCAGGUCGGUGAUCGAGUCGCGGCGUUGACACGAGGCGCCUUUGCAACACGCACGCGGACCAAGGCGGCUCUGGCAUUCAAGAUUCCAGCUGAAGUUUCUUUUGAGGGUGCUGCGACAUUGCCACUGGCUUAUGCCACUGCCUACUACAGCCUGAUUGAGGUUGGCCGUCUCACGGAUGGCGAGACUACCCUCAUUCAUGCUGCAGCUGGUGCCGUGGGACAGGCAGCCAUCUGCCUUGCUCAUAUGGUGGGAGCCGAAGUAUUUGCCACUGCUGCGGAUGCCGAGGAGAAGGACCUUCUUCAAGCCGAGUAUGGACUUCCAGCCGAUCACAUAUUCUACAGUCGAAACACUUCAUUCGGCAAUGCUGUUCGGCAAGCCACCAAGGGGCAAGGGGUAGACGUCAUUCUAAACUCCUUGACCGGCGACGGGCUACGAGAAUCCUGGAACUGCCUGAGCAAGUUUGGUCGCUUCGUCGAAAUUGGCAGAAGGGAGCAGAACUCGAAGACUCCCCUUGAUCUCUCCAGUCUUAACAGCAAUGCCACCUUUACCUCAGUUGACCUCAUGGCCCUUUUGGCCGAGCGGCCGAAGGUGAUAAAGCGCCUAGUUGCUGAUGUUUCCCGUCUACUGAAGUAUGGAAAGAUCAGACCUGUGACUCUGGUCACUGCCUUCUCAAUCUCCGACGUUGAAACCGCACUCAAGGCCGAACAGGCAGGCAGAGGCGCGGGCAAGCUCGUGGUUGUGUUUAACGAGCAAGACAUUGUCAAGGCCGCACCGUCAAAGAAAGUUAAGCCGCUUCUCCGUUCUGAUGCCACUUACGUCUUGGUAGGCGGUACCGGCGGUCUGGGCCGAAGCAUGGCCCGAUGGAUGGUAGCAAAGGGAGCAAAGAACAUUGUCCUUGUCUCCCGAAGUGGAUCCAUUGCUGGCAAGGUGAAGGAGCUCGUCGACGAACUUGCAGCCGCUGGUGCAAACAUUCUUGUCCGUCGCUGCAACGUGGUGAACAAAGCCGAGGUCGACGAUCUUGUCCGCUCUGGGCUUCAAGGGCUACCUCCAAUCCGCGGUGUAGUUCACGGCACGAUGGUCCUCCGUGAUGUUCUCUACGAGAAAAUGGCGUGGGAGGACUACACCAAAGUCAUCGAGGGCAAGGUCCAAGGUGGUUGGAACUUCCACCACGCGCUGAAAGACUCGCCACUGGACUUCUUUGUGGCGAUUUCAUCCGCUGCUGGUGCCGUCGGAAACCGUGGCCAGGCUGCAUACAGUGCUGCUAACUGCUUCCUCAACGCGUUGGUGCAACAUCGCCUUUCUCGGGGCUUGCCUGCGUCGUCUCUCGACUUGACGGCUGUCUCAGACUCUGGAUACCUGGCCGAGGACCUGGAGAAGGCUGCAGAGGUGGCCAGAAACCUUGGAAGUGACAGUAUCUGCGAAGCCGAGGUGCUUGCUCUGCUGGGUGCCGCGAUCGACGGUACAAUGUCGUCGACCUGCAACAACCAUACCAUUACCGGCAUGCGCAUCACGGCAAGCAUGCGGCCCUUCUGGACUGAAGACGCCAAAUUCAAGGCCAUGCGCAUCGCGGCUGAAGAGGCGGCGGCGAAGGACGCGUCCCUAAACGCCGUGGUCUCGUUCAACGCGGCACUCAAGGCAGCCAAGUCGAUGGCGGAAGCCGAGGAGAUCGUGUGCCGGGGACUGGUGGACAAGAUAUCUUCAGUCCUGAUGCUGGAUGCCGAGGACAUGGACGUGACACGGUCGCUCUCGCACUAUCCGCUUGACUCGCUCGUCGCCAUCGAAAUCCGAAACUUUAUCACGCGCGAGUUUGAGGCCAACCUUCAAGUCCUGGAACUGCUUUCAAGUGGCUCGAUACAGACGCUGGCUAAGGGAGUGUGCGGGAAGAGCAAGAUUGUUUCUUUCGCGGCUUAA